GUGUAGUACGAUAUAAUGAAUGGUGCAGGAGCAGCGGCAGUUACUCCGCUCCGGCGCCCGCCGCGCACGCAUCUCACUGAUACCAACUAUUGGUUACUAUUAUUACACGUGUUAAGAGCCAUCAUGAUAACGGUGAUCGUAGCUGUCAUCGCGUUAAUCGCGGCGUACUUGUUUGGCACAAGGUAUCACGACUACUGGCUGAAGAAAGGCAUCAAACAUGACAAGCCUAUCCCGUUCUUUGGCACUAACUUUAGUGUUACAUUUGGAUUGAAAAGUGUAACGCAAGUUUUCGCAGAAGCCUAUCGAAAAUAUCCAACCGAAAAGGCCGUUGGGCUGUAUUUCGAGUCAAGACCGAUGUUAGUGGUCAGAGAUCUGGAGAUAGCCAAGCGAGUUCUCACUACGGAUUUUGCCAAUUAUUACUCUCGCGGUCUAAAUCAUAAUAAAGAUGUGAUCGAGCCCAUGGCAAAGAAUUUGUUCUUUGUUGACGGCGACACGUGGAGGCUACUACGGCAGCGCAUGACUCCAGCCUUCACAAGCGGGAAACUGAAAGCUAUGUUCCCUCUGAUUGUAGAGCGCGCAGAAAAACUUCAGACACGGGCACUUCAAGCAGCCGCUGCGGGGAAACCGCUAGACGCGAGGGACCUCAUGGCGCGCUACACCACCGACUUCAUUGGCGCCUGUGGUUUCGGGCUAGAUGCUGAUUCGCUUAAUGAGGAAGAUUCGGCUUUCAGAAAGCUUGGUGUUAAAAUUUUUAAACCAGAUUUCAAAGAUAUUAUCGUAAUAGUAGUUAAACAGCUAUUUCCAGAACUCUUCAAACAUGCGAAGGUUCUUGGAAAAAUCGAAUUGGAAAUUAAUGCACUGGUGCAUGAGAUAUUGACUAGGAGAAACUAUGAGCCAUCAGGCAGAAAUGACUUCAUAGAUCUGCUAUUGGAAUGCAGAAAAAAGGGUUUGAUGGUCGGGGAAUCAAUUGAAAAAAGGAAGCCAGAUGGCACACCCCUGACGGUGUCGAUGGAACUGGACGAAGCUCUGAUUGCUGCUCAAGUAUUCGUAUUCUUCGCCGCCGGCUUUGAAACAUCGUCAUCAGCAACCAGUUACACACUGCAUGAACUCGCUUACAACCCCCAAGUCCAGAAGAAAGUACAAGACGAAGUUGAUCGAGUGUUAGCGAAACACAACAACAAAUUGUCUUACGACGCCAUCAGAGAGAUGACCUAUUUGGAGUGUACUUUCAAAGAGGGCAUGCGGAUUUUCCCAUCAUUAGGAUUCCUUCUGCGAGAGUGCAUGGUCAAGACCGAGAUCCCAGAACUAGGCAUCACCCUGGAUCCACGUAUCCGAGUGGCGAUUCCUCUGCAGGCCAUCCAGACCGACCCGCAAUACUUCGACAACCCUUGGGAGUUCCGUCCUGAACGGUUUAUGGAAGAAAAUUCUAGUGCCAAUAAGUUUGAUUACUUGCCUUUUGGCAUAGGACCACGCGCUUGUAUUGGUGAGCGCCUCGGCCUGAUGCAGUCCCUAGCAGGGCUGGCAGCAGUCCUGGCCAAGUUCACCGUGAAGCCAGCGCCCGCCAGCCAGCGCCGGCCGCCCGUGGACCCCAGGGGGGGCAUCGUGCAAAUCGUGAAGGAUGGGAUCCCACUCAUAUUUGAAGAGAGAACUGCGAGAGUUCAUUAAAUAAUGGUAUAUUUUGGUAUAACAUUAUUGUUUUUACCUUUUAAAAAAGAAAACCUAUGUUUAAGACUGGCAUUUUAAUUAAAUAUUUUGUUUCGCAUUUUAAUUAAAUAAUUCAUGAAUUAAAUGGGAAACUAAAUUUAUUUUUAGAUGAAUGAUGAUUUUUUUUUUGUAGAUAUUAAAAAUAUGCAAAAGCUUUGUACUUAGUUCUAGAGUUUAUAAAUACGUACGAGAUAUAUUUUUAUUACGAUUAAUUCAACGUUGGCGUUGGCCUCGGAAAUGUCACUUCCUUUAUUUUAAUUCCUCUUUAUUUAUUUAUAACUUUUAGUUCUAGUAUUUAUGAAGUAUAAGGUUCAUUUUUAAGUACAAACCUUACUAUAGUCUUACUUAAUUUGUAACAUUUUAUGAAUAAAGCUAUGUCAUUUUUUUUCUGUUGUUGUUGUUUUCUGUAGUUCUGUAGUGUUUAUGUCGUUGUACAAAAAUAAGGUGAGUAGUCGUUAAGUAUCCAGAAAAUAUAAUUAUAAAAUAUUUAAUUGUAGAUAAAUGUAUUGUUCUAUUGUGUUGUGCAUCAAAUGUAUUAUUAGGCAAGAGUAUUUUUAAGUGCAAUUAUUGUGAUAUUGUUUCUAUUUGAGAUUAUUAAGUAUAGUAAUAGUGUGUGAUGUUUUGAAAUAAAUAUAGAUAAAUUUAA